AAGCUUCUUUCCCAAACCCUUCAGCUUGUAUUCGCCUCCGAGGUGCUGAUCUUUGCCGAGUACUCGGAGGUCGCGUGCGCCUUUAUCUAUGGUCUGUAUUCUCUCAUCGUCUUCCACAUGCCCAACUCGAAGUACAUCGUCCCGUUCAUUGGAUUAUCUGAGGAUGAAUUUUGGACUUCCAUCACGAAUUCAGCGAUCUAUACUGUCCUAGAAGGAUGCACACUGUUGUUCCUGUUCAUUUUGGUUCGCGCGAAGUUCGGCUUUUCGACCUUGUACCAACUCGCAUUUAUGUUGGAUGAGCGUGCAGGGCAAGAUUCAUUCUCUUUGACUUCUUUGUUGCUAAUACCGCUUACUUGUGCGUUGCCUUACGUAGGUACUGAUCUGUCGCUGAAAUUCAACUGG